GACCAUUACCAGAGAUAAUUAUCACAUUGUAUAGCUAAUUAAUUGCUAGCUAGAAGGAGCUUGCAGGAAUGUCACAGAUAUCGCUCCAGUCUGAUGUUGGAGGACCUAGGGAGGUGACCAAGGAUCUGGUGUACACAGAGCCACGAACAGACAUGACAGUACAAGCUUCGUCUCGUGUUAGUCGUGAGAAAUGGAACCGCUAUCGCAAUGUACUGGGGUUCUGGAUCCUUGGUCUGUGCAACAACUUCCCCUAUGUUAUCAUGUUAAGUGCAGCCAACGAUAUCAUCAAAUCACUGGAGGGAGGUCCAACACACAACGCCUCUAACACCACGUCCUCCUGUGAGCUGAUCUAUAACAGCACGACCAACAGCUCUGGUUAUAUAGGCAGGGAGAUGUGCACUGGCCAGGGCACCUAUGUAAUCUUGUUGGCUGAUAUUCUCCCAACGUUCAUCAUUAAACUAUUUGCUCCAUACUUCAUGAACUUCCUGCCAUACUGGUUUCGUGUGUGUGUGAUAGUGGUGACCUCUGCACUCAGCUUUGUGUUUGUGGCUCUCUCUGUGAAUGAGCCGCUCGUUAUAUUCGGAGUGGCACUGGCUAGUGUGGGGUCAGGGUUCGGGGAAAUCACUUAUCUCAGUCUGACAUCUCGUUAUGACAAGAGCACCGUCUCUGGAUGGUCCUCAGGCACUGGAGCUGCUGGUGUUGGAGCUUCCUUGGUGUACGCAGGGUUAAAGACAUUUCUUCGUGCUGACGUGACACUGUAUAUCCAAGUGGUGGUUCCUGUCAUCAUGUUCUUAACGUAUCUACUGAUAUUGGGCAAACCAGGGUCUAUUGUUCCAGAGGAGGUCGAAGGUCAAAGUUCGGGAGGAGGGGGCAAAGAAAUAGUGAACGAAGAAGAUAAUGAUAAACACAACGAACAGGCCACUCUACUAUCAGAGGACCCUCCCCCUCCUUAUCCAUCGCCACGGCGACGGUGUCCCGGACUGAACAAGGCUGAGAGGAAGUAUUGGUGGGAGCAUGUCAAGUACAUCCCUCACUUGUGGAAGUAUAUGCUGCCAUUGUUCGCUGUGUAUGCAGCUGAGUAUAUGAUCAAUCAAGGUUUCUUUGAGCUUCUCUACAAUCAAAACACUUACAUUGGAACAUUCUGCCUGGACCAGGCCACACAGUACAGAUGGUUGCAAGUGGUGUACCAAGUGGGCGUGCUGAUAUCACGAUCAUCUGUCUCUAUAUACCAUUUCAAGCACUUCUGGAUAUUGGCAAUACUACAGGUGUUGAACUUUGUCUUCUUCUACGUUGCCACUUGGUACUUGUUCAUCCCGUACUUCUGGAUCACAAUGAUAGUUGUUUUGUACGAGGGGCUACUAGGAGGCGGAGUUUAUGUCAACGCCUUCUAUUCCAUCUCCAUUGAGGUGCCUAAGGUCCAUCGUGAGUUCUCUAUGGGUGUGGCCAGUGUAGCUGACAGCACUGGUAUCACUGUGGCCGGGGUGGCUGCUGUCUUCAUACACUCGUCUGUCUGCUCUCAUAUUGGAUACCAAUGAACACCAGCCAUGCAGCUGUAUACAGAUCUAACUAUAGCAUAUAAUAUUUAUUAUUAAUGAUGUUGCGUGAGCUCAUGCGUGCACUGUUUCUUGCACUAUAUAAUUCUUUUUAAAUUGCUAUUGCUUUUAUUUA